CUUUUCCCCCUGUCCCUUUGUUUCAAGUACGGAUCCGGGAUUAGGCAGGCAGUGUCUGACCGGCCGAGUAUUAACCGCUUCGGCCGAACUCAGAGAUCAUCGCCCGAUGUCUGAUUCCGACCAAAAGGAAUGAACGACUGCAAACUUUGGAAGGAGAUGUAGCUUGCCAGGUGGAGCGAAUUGGUUCUUAGAAUCUCAUCACCGUCUGCUGCAGGAAGAACUGGAAUGCAGCCCUUCUCCCCCCUUUUUCUCCUCCCAUCCCAUUUUAUCGAAGGGGGAAUUUGUCUUGAUUCAUAUCCUGCCAAUAAUUAUGAUAAUUAUUGCGACGAUCAGUCCAAUGAGUUAGGGCGGUGCCACGGCGGCGACGGCGGCGGCGACGGCGACGGGUUUACCGUCCGCAAGAGGCCAACCGGCCGGGGACUGAGGCAUUUUACUCGUACAGCACCUACCUAGUGACUGGACGCAGCAUCUCACAACAAUGACGGUCGGUGGUGGUGAUGAAGAUGAGUACGGAGGAGUACGUGGUAGGGAAUGUGUACCAACCAAGCGAUGAGAAAGGGCUAGAGAUGGCCCUCGCCUUUUGUCUCCAUAAUUAAUCUUCUGAACUUCCACCUGCGGAGACAUUCCCUCUUGUCUUCCACGUGCUCCAAUCUCUACUGGUACUCAGUACGGAGUACUUUGUGGGAAAAAGGAUGAUGACUCCAUUCCUACCGGCCGAAGCGGCCGCACGCCCCCCCUCGGAGACAUCCGGCGAUAACUCAAAGUAGUUUACCUGCGACCGAACCUUGAAGAAAAGCUAGCUAGUUCAAAACGGUCGCAACGGUCGACCAACGCUCAUCCCCUCAUUCCUCAAUUCUACCUUAGGUACUCCGUACCUAGACUUCGGACUAGUCCAUUUCU